UUGAUCUUCUUCUUCUCUCUCUCACUCACUCUCUCUCUCUCUCUUCAUGGCUUCAAUUUCACCCACAUGUUCUCCAACUUCUCUUCAACUCCGAUUAGCCUUCAACCCCACCAAACCCCCUCUUUCUCAUCACGUCAGACUUCGCAACAUCAACCACCCUCGUCUUCCGCCACUUCUUUGCUCAGUGCAUAACGCCAAGGCCGGCUCUGAAUGGGUCGGGUCGGAUUCUAAGGGUGAUGGGUUAUCGGGUUGGUCUGAUUCAGCAACUGGGUCACUGGAUAAUGAUUCCCAGAAGAAGAAGAAGAAGGAGGAAUCUUUUGGAGGAGUUGUCGGAGUAGGAGUUGCUGGAGUCCUUCUUUUUACUGGGCUUACCUAUUUUGCCUUAUCUCUUGGAAAACGAAAUGGUUCCAAAGAGGAGCAACAAUUGAAGCCUUUGACAACACAUCAGGAGGUGCUUUUGUCUUCUGAUGACGAUAUUACAGGACAAGUAAAUGCUGAGAACAAGUUGGAGCAAGAAAAUGGUAAAUUGGAAGGUCAGAUAGAUACAUCCCGGGAUUAUUCAUCUCCUGAGUCCGAUAACAUUCAAGGUGACUAUAGAACUAUUGAUGAUUCUGAUAUAGGAUCUGAGUUGGUAUACGAUAGCAAAAACACCUCCAAUGGUAUCAAUGAUGCCACUGAACAUAUAUCUGUUCAAGAAGACCUGUUGCAUGAGUCAGCUCGGGAUGACGAGUUAAUUGUUCCCAGUGAAAACCAAAUACCACUUCAAACUGAAAAUACUAUUGAUUCUUUUAGUGAUUUUGAUAGCAACCCGGCUAUAGAUAAAACAGAAUCUACUGCCUAUAUUAAAGAAAACCAAUUUAAUGCUGAACCUGAAAACAUACCCAAUUAUGAUGGUAACCCACUAGACCUUAAUAACAAGCAGCAGGAUGAAAUAACCAGUUCAAGCGAGAUUAGAAAUUCUGAUAUUUCUGAAACUUCAUCUGGUUUAGUUGCUGAUAAUAAGACUGAAACUGUUAGUACUGUGGUAAAUCCCGAGACAAACAACACAAUUUCAGAUCCCAAGAUUUUAAGUGAAGAUGAUCAAGACAAUAUUGGCCUUAACAAAACUCAACAGGUCUCAUAUGAGGAACAGAGUAUCCCUGGAAAUGACCAUUUAAGUAAAUCAGUAUUCUCACCAUCGACCAAUUCAUUGGUAGAUGAUCAGGUUAGAAAUGAGAAUAAUGCGGUUAAUAAAGAAAUAUCUGAAUCUCCAAAUUCUGGAUCCCUUUUCUCUGCUCCUGGCAUUCCUGCUCCAUCAGUAGUUUCUGCAGCUUUACAGGUGCCUCCUGGAAAGGUUUUGAUUCCUGCAGCUUUUGAUCAGGUUCAGGGACAAGCACUAGCUGCAUUGCAAGUUUUAAAGGUCAUUGAGCCUGAUGUUCAACCUGGUGAUUUAUGCACACGUCGUGAAUAUGCUCGCUGGUUGGUAUCUGCUAGCGGUGCUCUUUCAAGGAAUGCGGUUUCGAAAGUAUAUCCUGCCAUGUACAUAGAUAAUGCUACUGAGCUUGCAUUUGAUGACAUCACCCCUGAGGACCCUGAUUUUUCUUCCAUUCAAGGCUUGGCAGAAGCUGGACUUAUUGAAAGCAGGCUCUCAAGACGUGAUGCACAGUUGUCUGCUAUUGAAGACAAUAGCCCUCUUUACUUCUCCCCUGAAAGCCCUUUAUCGCGCCAGGAUCUUGUCAGCUGGAAAAUGGCCCUGGAGAAAAGACAGCUUCCUGAAGCUGACAGAAAGAUGCUGCACCGACUUUCUGGUUUUAUAGACACUGAUAAGAUACAUCCUAAUGCAUGCCCUGCACUAGUAGCUGAUCUUUCUUCUGGGGAGCAGGGAAUAAUUUCUCUUGCAUUUGGUUAUACACGAUUGUUCCAACCAGAUAAACCUGUGACAAAAGCCCAAGCCGCUAUUGCCCUUGCUACUGGAGAUGCUUCUGACAUAGUUAGUGAAGAGCUUGCACGCAUUGAAGCAGAAUCUAUUGCUGAAAAUGCUGUUGCUGCCCAUAGUGCUUUAGUAGCUCAAGUUGAGAGAGAUAUUAAUGCCGGUUAUGAACAGGAGCUUUUGUUAGAGAGGGAAAAGAUCAAUGCAAUUGAAAAAAUGGCUGAAGAGGCAAAACAUGAGUUAGAAACCUUAAGAGUUCAGAGAGAAGAAGACAGUAUUACCUUGGAGAAAGAACGUGCUGCUAUUGAAUCAGAAAUGGAGGUUUUUUCAAAGCUAAGGAAUGAGGUUCAGGAUCAAUUACAAAGUCUUAUGAGUAACAAGGUAGAAAUAGCAUAUGAAAAAGAGAGGAUCAAAAAGCUUCGGGAGCAAGCAGAAGUUGAAAACAACGAAAUUACCCGUUUACAAUAUGAUCUAGAGGUUGAACGAAAAGCCUUGUCCAUGGCUAGGACUUGGGCAGAGGAUGAAGCCAAACGAGUGAGAGAACAAGCAAGAGCAUUAGAGGAGGCUAGAGAUCGUUGGGAGAGGCACGGAAUCAAAGUGGUGGUUGACGAAGAUCUCCGCAAGGAGGCUUCAGCCGAAGUUACAUGGCUCAAUGCUGGGGAGCAGUACUCAACUCAAGGGUCAGUUGACAGGGCUGAAAGCUUAUUGGAGAAGCUCAAACGAAUGGGUGCAGAUGUCAGAGGAAAAUGCAGAGAAACAAUUGACAAGAUCAUCCUCAUGGUUUCCCAAUUUAUAUCAAAAUUGAAGGAAUGGGCCUCCAAAACAAAAUUACAGGCUGAAGAAUUCGGAGAAGCUGCCAUCUCAAAGGCAGGCAAGUCAGCCAACGAGUUACAGCAUAGUGCCAUCGAAUUUGGAUUAACUGUAAAAGAAGGUACAAAGCGAGUUGCUGGUGAUUGUAGGGAAGGAGUUGAGAAAAUCACCCAAAAGUUCGCUCAUAAGUUCAAGACUUGAUUUCUCUCUCCCCCCCUCACAGCAUCUUUAAUCUACUAUUUUUGAAGCUGUUGAUUGGCCAGAAAUGUAGUUUACUGAGUUUCUUUUUCCUUGUCCUUCAAUAGAGACACGAGACACAGAGGCAGUGUCAUUGGCAAUUAUAACUUUCCAUAACUGUCUUUGGAUGAUCACAACAUAAUCAUGUGAAGCCAUGUUUUUUUGUAUAAUUGAAACUGAUAGCAAUUGUAAUUGAGGAAUAAAAUAACCUGCUGUAAUUCAACAUUUGCCUUUAUUACUCAAAUGUCAGCAGCUGGUUUUGAUUAUGUAAACACAAAAACAUCAAACAAUAACAGAUUUGAUAGGUCAGGGAAAACCUUGAAGUGCUUUCUCCUAUCAAGCUUGAUCAUUUUUUAA